AUGACGAGCGGUCACGUAUCAGACGCAGCGUUUUAUUUCUUAUCUAAUGAUGAGCUGUUUAAGAUUCUGGCCCAGACGAGAAAUCCUCAGGCAGUGCAGCCCCAUCUUAGGAAAUAUUUUGAUUCCAUUACACGCCUAGAGUUUGCCCUGUUGCCUGAAAAACCUCGAGAUACCACAGAGGGUGAUGUUGAUUCUGAACAAGACACAAUCUAUAGCAAAGACAUCCUGAAAAUGAUUUCACCGGAGGGUGAAAAGGUGUCAUUGACUAAAGGACUUAAGGCGCAGGGCAAUGUAGAAGAUUGGCUGUGCAAGGUAGAGGAGGCCAUGUUUGUAUCACUGCGACAGUGGCUCAGUGGGGCCGAUGGCUUCCGUUAUAAAGCCGCCAUAGCAGAUUACCAGGUCAAGUCCAGAGAGGAAUGGGUUGUGGCUGGACAUCCGUCACAGGUAGUGCUGACGAUCUCCCAGAUGAUGUGGUGCAGAGAAAUGGAUGCCUGCCUUGAAGGGGACCAUGACCACUUUGCUGCGUUACAGCAGUUUGAACAAACCAACUUCAGUAGGCUGAAUUCUUUGGCAGCUUUAGUAAGAGGACACCUACCAUCUUUACAUCGGAAUAUAAUCACCGCGCUUAUCACCAUUGAUGUUCAUGCUAGAGACAUUGUCACAGAUCUUGUUCGGCAGAAGGUGGACAGUAGGUCAAACUUUGAAUGGCAGAGACAGUUACGUUAUCACUGGGACAUGGAUUUGGACAACUGUGUUGUCACUAUGGCUUUGUCCACAUAUAUUUAUGGUUAUGAAUACCUUGGAGCCUGUCCAAGGCUUGUUAUUACUCCACUUACGGAUCGUUGCUAUUUAUGUCUAAUGGGGGCUCUACAGUUAGACCUGCGGCCUGCAGGGCCAGCUGGGACAGGAAAAACAGAAACCACCAAGGAUCUGGCCAAGGCUUUAGCCAUACAGUGUGUCGUCUUCAACUGUUCUGAUGGAUUGGACUACAAGAUGAUGGGCCGCUUCUUCAGUGGUCUUGCUCAGUCUGGAGCUUGGUGUUGCUUUGAUGAGUUUAAUCGAAUUGACAUUGAAGUGUUGUCUGUGAUUGCUCAACAACUCAUCACUAUUCGAAAUGCUAAAGCCGCAAAGCUGUCAAGGUUUCAAUUUGAGGGAGUGAUGACCUGUGCUGCAUUCAUUACCAUGAACCCUGGCUGUGCUGGAAGAACAGAGCUGCCUGACAACCUAAAGGCUUUAUUCAGACCCAUAGCCAUGAUGGUCCCUAAUUAUGCUCUUAUUGCUGAGGUGAUUUUAUACUCUGAAGGGUUCGAAUCAAGUAAGACUUUGGCUAGGAAGAUGACCCAGAUGUAUAAGCUAUGCUCGGAGCAGCUGUCACAACAAGACCACUAUGAUUUUGGCAUGAGAGCUCUGAAAUCUGUGCUGGUGAUGGCCGGGUCAGAGAAAUACAAACAUAUAUCCCUGAAGAGGAGCAACCCCCACCUCAGUGAAGAUGUGGUACUUAUCCGAGCUUUGCGGGACUCUAACCUUCCAAAGUUUCUCACAGAUGAUGCCGUCUUGUUUGGUGGGAUCUUAUCUGACCUGUUUCCAGGAGUGACUAUCCCUGAGCAUGAUUAUGGUGUGCUACAUUCUACUAUUCUAGAGUCUCUGGUUAAGCGCAAUUUACAGCCUCUCCCUACCAUGACCAAAAAGGUAAUCCAAUUGUAUGAGACUAUGCUAGUGCGGCAUGGAGUUAUGCUUGUUGGACCGACUGGAGGGGGUAAAACUACUGUCUACACCAUUCUGGCCGACACCCUGGAGACCCUUUACAACUCAGAUUAUAAGAAAAGUAACUCCUUCUACCAGCCAGUCAAGACCUACAUUCUUAACCCCAAAUCAGUGACAAUGGGAGAACUCUAUGGCGAGGUGAACAAUUUCACUCUUGAGUGGAUUGAUGGUCUGAUGGCGUUGAGUGUCCGUGAUGCGGUUAGCGACACGACUGACGAUCACAAAUGGCUGUUAUGUGAUGGCCCCGUAGACGCCCUGUGGAUUGAAAACAUGAACACUGUGCUUGAUGACAACAAGAUGCUCUGUCUCGCCAAUAGUGAACGAAUCAAGCUCACCCCAUCAAUUCACAUGGUGUUUGAGGUUCAAGAUUUGGCUGUGGCUUCUCCAGCAACAGUCAGUCGUUGUGGAAUGGUAUAUAUUGAUCCAGAUGAGCUCAAAUGGAUGCCUUAUGUUCAGACAUGGAUCAGUGGUCUUGGAGACAAGUUUCCAGAGGUAGUCAGCAAAUAUCUCCUGGGAUUGUUUGAAAACUAUGUGGAGAAGGGUCUUCAGUUUGUAUCAAAAAAUUGUAUACAGGCUAUUUGCCAAGUGGACAUAAGUAAAGUCACCACACUCUGUGCUUUACUUUAAGUAUUGCUGCUUGGCCAGGAAGGACCUGGAUUUACCAUGGAUGCACGUGAUCUCAACAGGGUUAUUUGUCAGACGUUUAUCUUCUGCUAUAUUUGGUCUGUUGGGGGCAAUCUGAUAAGCACAAACUGGGAGUCCUUUGAGGCUUUUGUAAAAGAACAAUUUGCAGGCAACAGGGACGCAGAGAUUCCAGAGUCUAUGGUUCUAUGGAAUGUACACAUGAAUUUUAAGAACAUCCAUAUGCAACCGUGGGACAAGAUCAUUCCUGCUUUUAAAUACAAUUGUGAGCAGCCAUUUUUUGAGAUGCUGGUCCCAACCACAGACACUGUGCGAUAUGGCUAUUUGAUGGAGAAGCUGCUGUCUGUGCAACGCUCUGUACUUUUCACUGGUGAUACUGAAGUGGGGAAGUCAGUUGUUGCCCGAGAUCUACUAAACAGGGUGCAAGAAAAGGAGGGAUAUCUUCCCAUCUUCAUCAACUUUUCUGCUCAGACUUCCUCUGCACGCACCCAAGAAAUUAUUGAGUCUAAAUUGGAAAAGAAGAGAAAAAAUAUUCUUGGUGCUCCAGGUAAUAAAAAAUUGGUAGUCUUUGUGGACGACUUGAACAUGCCUAAGCUGGACAGCUAUGGUUCUCAGCCACCCAUUGAACUCCUUUGUCAGUUCCAAGACUUUUCUGGGUUCUAUGACAGAGGAAAGUUCUUUUGGAAAGAGAUCCAGGACAUGACUAUUUCAGCUGCAUGUGCUCCUCCGGGAGGUGGCCGCAACCCAAUAACUCCUCGAUUCAUCCGCCAUUUCAGUGUGCUGUGUUUGCCCACACCAUCAGAGUUGUGCCUCAAACAGAUCUUCAAGGCUAUCCUAAACGGUUUCCUCAACGAGUUUGCAGGGGAAGUGAAGGCCUGCUCCUCUCACAUUGUAGAUGCAGCUGUGGAGAUCUACAAUCGUUUGAGUUUGGAUUUGCUCCCCACUCCGGCAAAGUCCCACUACGUCUUCAAUCUCCGGGACCGCUCCAAGUGUGUUCAAGGCAUAUUACAAUGUGAUUCUGGUCAAGUGAGAGCAAAGAACCGGAUCUUUCGCCUUUUCUGUCAUGAAUGCCAGCGAGUUUUUCAUGACUGCCUCAUAAACAACCAGGAUUAAGCUUACUUCAAUACUAUCAUCUGUGAUAUGGCCAGUAAAUAUUUUGACAUUACUAUGGAACUGGAAAGCUUUGUGACACAUCCAAUUAUAUUUGGCGACUUUAUGAGGUUGGUUUUCUUCCAGGAUGCUGUUGAACAUGUCUCUAGAAUUGCCCGUGUGAUUCGCCAAGAGAGAGGAAAUGCACUUCUCGUAGGGGUGGGAGGCACAGGAAAGCAGUCUCUAACCCGACUAGCAGCUCAUAUGUGUGGCUAUCGGUGCUUUGAAAUCGAGCUAACCCGAGGCUACAACUAUGAGAGCUUUCAUGAAGACCUGAGGAGGCUGUAUAAAAUGGCUGGUGUGGAAGGCAAAGAUAUGGUUUUUCUCUUUACCGACACUCAGAUUGUGGUGGAAUUGUUUUUGGAAGACAUUAACAACAUGUUGAAUUCUGGUGAAGUGCCAAAUCUUUUUGAGAAGGAUGAGUUGGAACAAGUCCUGACAGCCACUCGGCCAAAAGCGAAAAAGGCUGGAAUAAGUGAAGAGAACCGGGAUGAGGUCUUCCAAUACUUCAUUUCUCGUGUUCGGGAGAAGCUGCACAUUGUGUUGUGCAUGAGCCCUGUAGGUGAUGCAUUUAGGUCCCGAUGUCGGAUGUUUCCUUCUCUCGUCAACUGCUGCACUAUUGACUGGUUUAUACAGUGGCCACGGGAGGCUCUGCUCUCUGUCUCUCAGGCCUUUUUCCAGAACAUAGACUUUGGCAGUGCUCCUCUAAAACAAUGCUUUUUUUCCACCAUGUGUGUGGAGAUUCAUGUGAGUGUGUCCGACAUGGCUGAGCGCUACUACUCUGAGCUGAGACGCAGAUAUUACACCACACCUACCUCAUACCUGGAGCUCAUUAACCUCUACCUGUCCAUGCUUGGGACAAAGAAACAACAGUUAAUCCUUGCAAGGGACCGUGUGAAGAAUGGACUGACAAAGCUGCUUGAGACCAAUGAGCUGGUGGACAAAAUGAAAGUGGACUUGUCGGCUUUGGAGCCAGUUCUACAACAAAAGUCUAUUGAUGUUGAUGCUCUAAUGAAGAAGCUCUUUGUUGAUCAGGAGAAAGCUGAUGAGGUCCGUAGAGUAGUGAAAGAAGAUGAGGCUUUAGCUAAGUCCCAGGCAGAAGAAACUCAGGCCAUUGCUGAUGAUGCCCAAAGAGACCUGGAUGAGGCGCUGCCUGCUCUGGAGGGAGCCAAUCAGGCCCUGAACUCCCUGGACAAGGCUGACAUCUCUGAGAUCAAAGUGUUCACCAAGCCCCCAGACCUGGUCAUGACUGUCAUGGAGGCUAUCUGCAUCCUACUCAACUGCAAACCAGAUUGGCCAAGUGCUAAUCAGUUACUUGGAGAUUCAAAUUUCCUCAAACGUCUAACCGACUAUGACAAAGACAAUAUCAAGCCACAGAUCCUACAAAAGCUGCAGAAAUAGGUCAACAAUCCAGGUUUCAUUCCUGAAAAGGUGGAGAAAGUUUCCAAAGCCUGCAAAUCGAUGUGCAUGUGGGUCAGAGCAAUGGAUCUGUACAGCAAGGUUCUGAAAGAAGUCGGCCCUAAAAGAGAAAAACUGGCCAAAGCACAAAAAGAACUGGAUGUGACUAUGGCAACCCUGAGGGAGAAACAGCAGAAGCUGAUGGAAGUGGAGAAUAAGAUCCGUGUUUUACAAGAGCAGUUUGAGAGCAGUGAGAGAGAGAAGGAGGAUCUUUUCUUCCUUUGGGCAGUAUUGAACACCAUGGCUCUAACACAGGCUCGUUUAACCAGAGCUGGGAAACUCACAUCUGCUCUGGGAGAUGAGCAGGUUCGCUGGGACAAGAGUGUUACCCAGUUUGAACAGGAGAUCAUCGACAUUGUGGGCAAUGUUUUUAUUGCUGCUGCCUGUGUGGCGUAUUAUGGAGCAUUCACCUCCCACUAUAGACAGCUGCUUAUCGACCAGUGGAUAAAACAGUGCCAGGAACUGAAUAUUCCCAUCAGCUCGAGCUUCAGCCUGAUUAAGAUUCUGGGCGAUCCUUAUGCGAUUCGUCAGUGGAACACAGAAGGUCUGCCUCGAGACACAGUAUCCACAGAAAACGCCAUCCUGGUGACGCAGGGCCGCCGCUGGCCUCUCAUGAUAGAUCCACAGGAUCAGGCCAACAGGUGGAUUCGUUCCAAAGAAGGCAAAAAUGGUUUAAAAGUAAUCAAAUUAACAGACCCAAAUUUUCUUCGUACACUUGAAAAUGCGAUACGUCUUGGCUUGCCUGUUCUCUUGGAGGAGCUUAAAGAGACACUGGACCCCGCUCUUGAGCCUGUUCUGCUGAAACAGACUUUUGUAUCAGGUGGACGAACUCUGAUCCGACUUGGGGACGCAGAUAUUGACUAUAACAAAAAUUUCAGGUUUUAUAUGACAACAAAAAUGGCUAACCCACAUUAUCUUCCAGAGGUGUGUAUCAAAGUCACUAUUAUUAAUUUCACGGUGACCAAGUCUGGCCUAGAAAAUCAACUACUAAGUGGAGGAAAGUUUGUGAUGCUAAGAACUGGUGCUUUAGGUAAAAAGGAAAACCCAGAGCGUCCCGAUGUGCCAUGGCUAAGUGAUUUUUACUGGAAGACUUGUUUCCAGCUUGAUCACAUCCUGCUCUGUUUCAAAGGCAUAUCCAACGAAAUCAUCAAGACUCACAUCAGUAUUAAACUAGGACGUUUUCAAGCAUCACUUAAUCCAGAGACCUGGGAGGGCUAUGUCACAGAUCUACUUCCUCUUGAGGAAUCUAAAAAGACCAAGGAAGGCGGAGUCAGGGGUCACUGGAAUGAGAGACUGGGGUCCUUCCAGAAAUUAAUCUUGAUAAAGAGCUUAAUGGAAGAGAAGGUUGUAUUCGCUACUACUGAGUUUGUGAUUGUCAAUCUGGGGAAACAGUUUGUGGAGAACCCUCCGGUCGACCUGGCCAGCCUGUACAAGGACAUGUCUCCCUGCACCCCACUCGUGUUCAUCCUCAGCACUGGGUCCGAUCCCAUGGGUGCCUUUCAACGCUUUGCCAAAGAACGAGGCUAUCUUGAAAAGCUCGAGUCUAUUUCAUUGGGGCAGGGACAAGGGCCGAUAGCUGAAAAGAUGAUUCAUGGAGCAAUGGAAAGUGGGAACUGGGUUUUCCUUCAGAACUGUCACUUGAAACUUUCUCAGAAGCGGAAAAAAAAAAAAAAAAAAAAUGGUAACACCUUUUCUUCUUUUGUACUUGCAGAUACACGGAUCCAUGAAAACUUUCGCUUGUUCCUGAGCUCCAUGCCCACAAAAGUAUUUCCCGUCACAGUACUGCAGAACUCUGUCAAGGUGACGAAUGAGCCACCAAAAGGACUGCGAGCAAAUAUGAGAAGGGCCUUCACAGAAAUCACCACUAACUUCUUUGAGGACCACGUUCUAGGAAAUCACUGGAGGAAAAUUGUGUUUGGUGUAUGCUUCUUCCAUGCAAUAAUCCAGGAGCGGAAGAAGUUUGGCCCUUUAGGCUGGAACAUCCAUUAUGAGUUCAAUGAUAGUGACAGGGAGUGUGCUCUCCUUAACCUCAACCUGUACUGCAAAGAUGGCCCCAUCCCAUGGGACGCACUUGUUUACAUCACUGGUGAGAUCACAUAUGGAGGCAGAGUGACAGAUGCCUGGGAUCAGCGAUGCUUAAGAACCGUCCUGAAAGGAUUCUUCUCACCUCCAACUCUGAGUCCUGGCUACACUUACUCCUCCUCAGGGAUUUACUAUGCCCCAGAUUCUUGUCAUCUCAAGGACUUCAGGGAUUAUAUAGAAAGUCUUCCCAUUAUUGAUGAUCCAGAGGUGUUUGGUAUGCACGAGAACGCCAAUUUGGCUUUUCAGCGACAAGAAACUUUAUCUCUAGUCAGCACCAUACUGGAUGUGAACCCUCGGUCCUCAGCCAGUGAUGGGGCCAAGAGUAAUGAUGAAAUAGUCUGUGAGUUGGCUGAGUCCAUCUUGGAUAAACUCCCUGAGCAUCUGGACAUGAGUCAAGCUACAGAGUCCUUGUUUGUCCGAGAUGAACAUGGACGUCUGAAUUCACUCACGACGGUGCUGGGCCAGGAGACAGAUCGAUUCAACAAUUUACUGAAAGUGCUCAGGGCUUCUCUUGUAACUCUCCAAAAGGCCAUUGGGGGUCUGGUAGUGAUGUCUGAAGAGAUGGACCGUAUCUACACAAGCUUCCUCAACAACCAGGUCCCGAGCCACUGGGCGAACUCUGCAUACCCCUCCUUAAAAACACUCGCCUCAUGGGUCAAAGAUCUGGUGCUCAGGACAUUUUUUAUUCAGGUGAGCACAAAAAGAAGCUAUAACUAUAACGUUUCCUGCUAGCAGAAUUUUUAGUCUUUCCACCAGUUCCAGGUGUUGGGACCUGCAUGUCUGUGUCAGACCUGCCUUUGGUCAUGCAUUCUGGAGUUAUAUAAGCCUGUCACUGUAACACAUUUUGAAGCACUAUAUAUUGCUACAGAGAUGUACUGCAGUAUGCCUUUGAUACAAUAACAAUAAUGCAAGAUGAUCCUAGUAAACAAUUUUUAAAUAAGCUGUAUCAUUAAGGGUCUCAACAAAUUAAUAGCAGAAUGAAGCAGAGGGUUAAAAGCCACUUUUUCAACCCUCUACAGCUCAAAUCUUAUCAUAUUACAGCAAAAAUACCCAAAUCUCCCCAAUUUUACAAAGACAUUGCAUAUAAAUGUUUCAGCUUUCAUAUAUUGAGCGAUAAGUCGAUAUAAUAAUAAUCAUGACAGGCCUA